AUUAUCGUCUCGGUCACCCAGACGCUUGAAUUUUAUUAAUCUUAUUAUGCGUCUGGGUGAUCGAUACUAAUAUAGGCACUAAACAAGCGGGUGUGAUCGAUUUUGACCUGAUAUGGGGGCGAUUAUAUGUUCAGCUGUAAAAAUCAACGCCACUACAGGAAGCGGUUCAGAGAUCAUUCACAAAGAAACCGACAAGAACGCUCACAAUGAAACCGACCAGAACGCUCACACUGAGCAACAACAAAGAAAGAAAUCAAAAGAAGAAAACAUCAAUUCAAAGAUAAAACAUAAAAACUUGUUUUUAAAAGUGUUUGGAUGUAAUCAUACAGAUACCAACUUAAAAGCACGAUUAAAACGCAUUACAAACGAGGACUUAAUCGUUGAAGAUAUCAGACAUGAUGGCAAAGACACAUUUUUCACAGUACAUCUCAGAAGUUCCAAACUGACAAAAAAGAUUAUUUUUUUUAUUUACAAAGAAAACAAAGAAAACGAAAACACCGAAAAUGAAAUUUUUAUAAUAGAUAAACAACAAGAAGAUCUCAAAGAACAACCUAACUUUUUCCAAGACAAACAAAACAAAUUAAAAGAAUUAAUGGACAAAGAAGCAUGUGACGUUGUGUCCAAUCAUAACAAAAUGAUAAACGAGGUACAACAAAGAAUUAAAAAUGUCGCUAAAAAUUUGGUAAUGGACUCACAUGAGUACAACGAAGAAGGGGAAUUGGAUAUCGUUCCAAAAAUUGAAAACUUACACACCAAUUUUACUGUAGAAUCAACUUUAUCCCACGGUACAAAACAGGAAAUCGAUGCUCUACAAGAUAAACUUUCAGAACUUCGAUUGCAACAGAAAGAAUUCAAAGAUUUUAUAACAUGUAUGGAUGAAAUGUUUCAGAAACAUAAAUCAUCUAAAAACUCUGCAAUGAAAGUUUAUUCCAAGUUUCAGAUAGAAUGCAAACAUCUGAAAUCUGCAUUGCCUAUGUAUGCUAGAAGAAAUGAAAUUGUUUCAACUGUUACAACAAAUCAAGUUUCAAUUAUCAUAGGAGAAACAGGUUCUGGAAAGAGCACUCAAGUUACCCAAUAUUUAUAUCAAGCAGGUCUGGCAGAUUCGGGAUUAAUAGUUUGCACACAACCACGAAAAAUUGCUGCAACCAGCUUGGCUACACGAGUUGCCCAUGAGCUAAACACAUCUGUUGGCAAUCUAGUUGGAUAUCACGUUGGUAUGCAGAUGAAAACGUCAAAAACAACAAAAAUUAUUUACAUGACUGAUCAAAUGCUUUUAAAUCUUUGCUUAAAGGAUGAAACGUUUUCAAAAUACUCGUGCAUUAUAAUCGAUGAAGCCCAUGAAAGAAGCAUAUACACAGAUUUGCUUUUAGGAAUGAUCAAAACAAGUUUAACUAAAAGACCUGAACUAAAAGUUGUAAUCACAUCUGCAACAAUCGAACCGGAAAUAUUUGUAAAUUUCUUUGGUACAUGCCCUGUUUUAAAGAUAGCUGGAAGAAUGUUUCCGGUAGAUGUCAUUUGGCCGACUGAAAAUGAGGCUGAGGAGGAUUAUAAAAGCGCAGCAUUGAAGAAAACAGUAUAUGUCCACGAAAAAGAACAGAGUGGAGAUAUCCUGACAUUCUUAACAUCGCCGUUAGAAAUCGAGAAAUGUUGCAAUAAUUUUGAAAAGACUUUCAAGGAUACGAAUAACUUUAUAUGUCUGCCUCUCCAUGGCCGUUUACAACCACAAGAACAACAAAAAGUAUUUGAACCAAGCCCUGUAGGAAAACGAAAAAUAGUUUUUGCUACUAAUAGUGCUGAAACUUCGAUAACCAUACCUGGAAUUAAAUAUGUCAUCGAUACUGGAGUUGCAAAAGAAAUGUUAUAUGAUCCACAAAAGAACAUAAACGCGUUAAACGUAACCAAUAUUACCAGAAGUUCAGCAGAACAAAGGAAAGGUCGGGCUGGAAGAACUGAACCAGGCAAAUGUUAUCGGCUUUAUACAGAAAACACUUAUAAUAAUAUGGAAACAAACUCAAAGCCCGAAAUAUCAAGAGUUCACUUAGGACAAGCUCUCCUUAAGCUAUAUGAGCUUGGGGUUAAUCCACUACAAUUUGAUUUUGUACAAAAGCCAUCACAACAUUUGAUAGACACAGCGAUGGAAACGUUGGAGCUUGUUGGAGCUGUUUCUCAAAACAAGAUAACCGAACGAGGGAAAUGGAUAGCAAAGCUUCCGAUCGAUCCUAAAUUCGGUGCGUUUGUGUAUGAAGCUAUAAAAGAAGGGAUUGGGAUUGAGGGAAUUGUUUUGUCAGCUUGCUGUGGAACGAGUAGUAUGUUUUACAGAUCAGGGUCAGAAAGUCAAAAAAACGAAGCUGACAAACGAAAAGUCCGUUUUUGUCAUGAAGGAGGAGAUUUCAUGACAAUGCUAGAAGUAUUCCGUGAAUGGCACAGCAAGCCUGAAAAAUCUAAGAGUAAUUGGUGUAGCCAGAAUUCAAUUAAUAAUAAAGUAUUACGUGGAAUAAGAGAGACAGUCAAUGAGAUUUUGAAUGUCCUGAAAAAAGAACAGGGAAUACUAAUGCCGUUUCAACUCAAAACACCAAAAGAUGUUGACGAAAAACUUCAAGAGAUGUUGUUCAAGAUAUUUAGACAAAACCUUUGCCAUUAUCUAGGACACGACAAGGCCGGAUAUUUAGUUGUACAGAAAGAUCAAAUCGUGCAAAUCUUUCCAGCAUCGUCUUUAAAAACACUUGGACUUCAACCGGACUGGAUUGUAAUAGAGCGUGUUUUGAAAACAUCUCGUGAUUUCGCAAUUAAUAUUACUCCAGUAAAAGAUUCGUGGUUACAAAAGGCAUUAGCAGAUGAUUUACUAAAUUUUGACUUAAAUGCCGUUCAAAGUCAAAGGGUUGAGCAAGCAGCAUUCUGUGCAGUUGGAGAAAAAUUGUUAUCGAAUUUUGUGGGUGUAAGAUAUUCUGAACUUCGAAAUUUGGAAAAAACAAUGCGGCAAGUACUUGAUGGAACUUUUGUUACAAUAGAGGCAUCUAAGGAAUAUGGUGAAAUAACUGCAUUUGCGACAGAGAAGAACAAGGAAACAGUUAAAGCUAUGAUAAAUGAUCGCUUAAGCUUAUUUAAAGGUACAAUAAAAGGCGAGAUUAAGGAAUUCUACCUAUCACCUUUAAAAAAAGGCGUUAAAGUAGUGGUUGGAGCAGGGAUGGACAUUGUUGAUGUACUGAUGCCAAAUGAAUACAAGACCGUUGUUGUGAACGCUACAGAUAAUUCUAUCUCGGAGAAGGACAUUUGUGAAUACUUUGAAAAAUUUGGUAACGUUGUCAAUGCAUAUAAAUUCACAAAUAGCAAAGAUAGGACCAAAUGGGGGAAAAUAACAUUUAAACGAAGAGAAGACGCCGAGUCGUCGGUCCAAUCGACAAAGGAUAAAAGUAUAAAUGCAAUUCCAGACAUAGGUUAUCAACCUGUAAACGCCAUUGUUAGCCUUUACACCAUCAGAGCAAAGAUAGAAUGGUGUAGACGUCCAACGUUUGCAUUUAUUAAAUUCAACGAUUCUUCACUUGUGCAAAGAGCAUGCAAGACACCGAUUUCCAUCGGGGAAAUGUCAGUAAGAAUUACAAAAGGCAAAGUAAAUGCCUCUGAGGUCCAUGUUGCAAAUCUCUGCAAUUGUACCACAGAAGAUGAGUUGCGCACAGCUUUUAUCAAUGCAUUAUCACUUGAAUCAGGUGCAAUAGAGAAUAUAACCAUCAGAAAGAAGAAUGUAAAAACGAAUGAAUGUGAACUUCAGACUUUGAAAGAAAAGAUUGAGUCUAAAUUGAAUGAGUAUGUCAUAGAAGGAACGUAUUAUCUUGAUUUAAAAAUUCCAAGAGACAACCACGUUACCUUUUUGGCCUUCGUGUCGUUUUCCUCACCAGAAGAGGGAAUGGCAGCCUAUGCUGGCAUACAUAAAAGAUUCAAGAUAAACUAUCAAACAGUAUCGAUGUCAGUAGAAUUCAAAACCUCAGUUGCUGUUCGAAAACAUCUCUUCCCGAUGUACGAAGAAACAUUAAGCAAACUUUCGAAAACGCUCGACAAAAAUUUCAAUGUAAAACAUCUCACAAAGACACUAAAAAAUGGGAAUGUGCUAGUGGAAUUGCUAUGUGAGAACAGCGAGAACAUUAUGAAAGCAAAAACGGUUGUGGAAAAAGUUAUCGACGGAAAAAAGUAUGUCACAGAUCAACCGGGUGAAUUGGGAAAAUUGUUUAAUCCGGGCGGUAAGAGAUUUUUUGAAAGAGUGAAAAAUGAGACCAACACGAUUAUCCAUUUUGACGCUCGGGAUUUCUCUAUUAUCAUCCAUGGGACAACAGAAUCGCAAGAAAAAGCUGCAGAAAUGAUAACAAUGUGUUUAAGAGAUCUUAGAAUUGGCGUAUCACAACAAAUGGCUUUAAAGGGACCAGACAAACCAGUUGGAGUGAUGAGAGAACUCAUGAUGCGAUAUGGUUAUGAUUUAAAUUUGCUUGUUGAUGAAUAUGGUUUGAAAAAUGUUGAACUUGAUCGUCGGAGACAUAUUUUGACAGUUACUGGUGAGCAAAAAGCAGUUCAAAUAGUCAUUGAGAAAAUGCAAAUGGUUAUUGAAGAAACCGGACUAAAAAUGAAGGGAAGAGUUCUGAAAUCUAGUAAAACACGUGAAUGUGUUGUCUGCUUUUGUGAAAUAGAAGACGGUAACAUGUACAGAUUAGAAGUUUGUGGCCAUUCCUAUUGUAAACAAUGCGUUCAGUUUCAGUUCCAGGCUGACCUCAACUCUCUUCCGGUAUGUUGCAGCAGUGAAGCUUGCGAUGAAAAGUGGGCGUUGAAAGAUAUAACAAUAAUCGCAGAUAAAACAAAUAAUCCAGUUGACCUUUUAGUAGAGAAAGCUACAAGCUCUUUCGUUGCCAAAAAUUCGAUAGCAUAUAAAUACUGCACAACUCCCGAUUGUCCUAUGAUUUAUAGGGUAUCAGAAAAGGAAAAUCUAUUCACAUGUCCGCAGUGUGAGAGUCGAAUUUGCACAGGAUGCAACAAACAAUACCAUGAUGGAUUAACAUGUGAACAAGUAAAAAAAGUAGCAUCAACCAAGGAGGCUGAUGAUAAUCUCCAUUUAUUUCUUCAGGAGUGUGAAUUGAACAUUAAGAAAUGUCCAAAAUGUUCAACUUUGAUAGAGAAAAUCGACGGAUGUAAUCAUGUUACAUGUCAAGCGUGUAGAACUAACAUUUGUUGGGUUUGUCUGGACCACUAUCCCACUGACGUUGAAUGUUAUGUACAUCUCAGCCAAGAGCAUGGUGGUUGCUUCAAUUUCUAAAUGAUGUUCAAAUUAGUGUCAUGGAAGAACAAAUUCUGGAACUAAGUAAUUGCUUUAAAGUUUUUACUUUCAAAAUGCGUUCAUAGUCAUGAUAGCAGAGCGAAAUUAAUGAUAACACAACAAACUUGAAACUUAAAAAUAACUUAGACUAACAAAAAAAUGUAUAAUUGUAUAUCUAAUCUGUACACAGAGUUAAUUGUUUCUUUAUGACCUAUGUAAAUGCGGAAAAUAUAUUUUACAUUGUCAAAAUUAUAAAUUUAACAACUACAAAAUAAUUUA